AUGGGUGGUGCUACUUCAAGGAUUGUGGAUAAUCUCCUAGAGGAUACGAACUUCGAUAGAGAUGAAAUUGAAAGAUUAAGAAAGAGAUUCAUGAAGCUCGAUAGGGAUAGCUCAGGAUCUAUUGACAAGAAUGAGUUCAUGAGUAUACCUGGUGUCUCAUCAAAUCCAUUAGCUGCCCGGAUAAUGGAGGUCUUUGACAGUGAUAAUAGCGGAGACGUAGACUUUCAAGAAUUUAUAACAGGUCUUUCUAUUUUCAGUGGCAGAGGUAGUAAAGAUGAGAAACUAAAUUUUGCGUUUAAGAUAUACGAUAUUGACAAAGAUGGUUAUAUUUCCAAUGGAGAGUUAUUUAUUGUUUUAAAAAUAAUGGUGGGUAAUAAUUUGGAUGAUGAUCAAUUGCAACAGAUUGUUGACAGGACCAUUAUGGAAAAUGAUAGUGACGGUGAUGGCAAACUAAAUUUCGAAGAGUUCAAAAAUGCAAUAGAAACUACAGAAGUGGCGAAAAGUUUGACUUUACAAUAUGACUUUUGA